CGGCUCGGCUAAAUCGGGCGGGGACUGUGUGUGCUGUAAACGUUUCGGGACGUCGGACGCGCUUUUGUUGUGUGCCGCUGUUUGGGGGAGAUAUUUUCGUCGUUUUCCGCCCUAAGAAGAACAGGUUGCAGUCGCAAGCGGUGGGAGUGGAUAUCGUUAAAUGUUAAAGUUCGGUACGCACGGGCUUUGAGCUUCCGUAGUGUUUGUGUAAUUUGCAAAGGGAAACAAGAGUUUUAAUGUGAUGUAGUGAUGUUGAAUGGAAUGUAGCGUCUCCGCUCGCUUGCAGAAAAGUAAAGCAUUUCAAGCUCGCUAUGUUUCUUGCGUAUGGUGCUUUAUCGCUGUGUCUAUCAUGAUUCGCAUCCUGCUAGAGGAGUGUUGUGUACGUGUUGCUGAAAUUGUGUGCUUAAUCGCUAAUUCGACGACGAAAAACGCGUUGUGAAAGGAAAAUCAAUCCAUCACCAAAGCCAGAGGCGCGGAACGCUGUCGAGAGACCUUUCCCCCUCCUUUUGUUGAUGGAAGCUGUAGUGUGCCAAAGGGAAGUGUGUUUGGUGAGCAGUACGCUGGAAACUGUACCUAGAAAGAGCAUUCGCAAAACCUUUCGCGGAAAAGCCUCGUUACGUUGCUAUUAGCAACGCUUGCCACACAUACUAAGCUAGUUGUGCCCUUUCAGAAAAGGUGUAGUGAAGAGGGCAGCGGGGUAGUGAGCUCGUUGGUAGAAAAGAAAAUCCUGCCCCAAUCGGAAAGUGUGUGACCGCACCAGGACGGGUGUGUCCCACCCGGUGUCCAGCUGCUUCCAAAUCGGCAUCUGGGCGUGUGGAUGGAAAAAUGUGCCAGCGAGCAAUGCUGAUGUUGCCAGUAGUACGCAUCGUGCCACAGUUCCUGCCAGCCGCCAUAGCCGCAACCCAGCAGCAAGCCCAACCCGCCAGACUGGACUGUCGCCUGCGUCCAUCCGUCCAUGACCAGGUACGAUCGGUACAGCUUGUCGACCGACCAGCAGCAACAGAAGCAGACGCUAAACCCACCAUCAGCAGCAGCAGCAGCAGACCGGAGGCUCGACACGGUAGCGGUCGCUUCUCGCACAACGAUGACUGACGAGGAGCUGCUGUUGCUCGAGCGGGCGAACGCCGAGCGGGAUGAGAUAUUCCUGCGCUACGAUCAGGGCCGCAAGUGCGACAGUAUCGAUGCGUGGGAAGAUCCAAUGUUCGAAGUGUACACGCAGGCGGACCGGUACGGCUUCCUGCAUCCCGUGGCGCCGGCCCAGUCGAAGGAGGCGGAACUGCUGCAGCACCGGAUCGAGAUGGAGCGCGUGAAGAAAUGGGUCAAGAUGCACAAAAACUGGGACGCGGCGGCGACGAAGGAAAAUCUGCGCCGGCGCGUAAUGAAAGGCAUCCCGGAUCGGAUGCGCUCGGCAAUCUGGCGCAAGCUGCUCGACCUGGACCGGCAGAUCCGGGAGAAUGGGGGCAUGUACGACCGGAUGCUGGACUGUGCCCGGCGCCACAGUCCCGACAUACGGCAGAUCGAUUUCGACGUGAACCGCCAGUUCCGCAAUCACGUGUUCUACCGCGAGCGGUACAGCGUGAAGCAGCAGAGCCUGUUCCGCGUGCUGGCCGCGUACAGUAUGUACAACACCGAGGUCGGCUACUGCCAGGGCAUGUCGACGGUCGCCGCGGUGCUGCUGAUGUACUUCGACGAGGAGGACACGUUCUGGGCGCUGGACGUACUGAUGACGAAUCAGCGCUACGCCAUGCACGGGCUGUAUAUAGUGGGGUUUCCGAAGCUGAUGCGGUUCCUGGCGCACCACGACCGCAUCCUGACCAAGUGUUUGCCCAAGGUGAAGAAACAUCUCGACAAGCACGAGGUACACUCGGUGCUGUACUCGUUGAAAUGGUUUUUUGUUAUCUUCAUCGAGCGGAUACCCUUCAGUCUUUGUCUGCGGGUGUGGGACAUCUACAUGAUGUACGGCGAACGCGUACUAACGGCGAUGGCUUACACGAUACUAAAGGUUCACAAAACGAAGCUUCUUCGGAUGAAGGACAUGGAUCAGGUGACGGACUUCCUACAGACAUCGCUGCACAAACAGUUCGGCUAUGAUGAUGACUAUGUGAUAAAAGCGCUUCAGAGUUCGAUGGACGAGCUGAAGAAGCUAAAACUUCUAAAUCUGCCACCUCCAUCCGCCAACGAGCUACCCACAAUGCCACGAGGGCAAACGGUCGAACCUUCCACAAAGGCGAGAAUCGGCCAUCGCAAUGAACAGUUUUCGGAGCGAGAGAUAGCACUCAAGGAGACGGUGCUGUAUCGCAGCGAAUCGAAGAACGAGGAGGAAGAAGAACAGUACAAUAAUGGCGUGCAGGGGGCCGGAGACCGUGCCGCUACGGCGGAAGAUGAAGACGACGAGCGCACGGAGAAAGAUUACGAUGAUAUUACGGAAGAUACCGUGAGCCAACUGCAUACAGGCUUGCAAAGGCUGCCAAAAAAUGCGCGUAUAGUCAAAGGCGUUAGUACCAGCUCGUUGCGCACAAUCCAGAGUUUCACUACGUUCGAUACCGGUACCUCGUUGGCGACCAGCUUAAAUUCCCUCGUCAUCAUCGAUUCGAUUGAUGACUAUUGUGAUAACGAUAGAAUUAUCGAAGAAAGUACUCGCUUGUAAAGAACGGUGUAGCAUAAUAUGGCGCGGAACCAUUCCGGUAGUCGUCCUUCCUCUGCGUAGUUCUCUCGGUUUGUGAGAAUUACAACAACAACAAAAUGGGUAAGCGUAAACUGUGCGUAAAGUAGGCAAAUACCAAUACUCAAAAAUAAAAAAGAGCAACCCCGUUCGCAGUGCAUACACUUGCACCAUCAUGAAAUCGAAGAUCAAAGGUGGUUUACGUGCUUUGUCUUUUUUUGCUAUCUUAGUAACCAUUGGUGCGUGAAGCUUCCACUGUAGCAAGAGCACUAGAGAACGUUCAUUCGAUUUCGGUCUGUCGUUAGUGGCGGAAGCAAAAUUUUAAGUCUUUUAGCUAAAUUCAAAGUGUAACCCCGGUGCCAUAGCCAAGGAAGGAGAGAACUUCGGAACGUUCGUAUCGAAUCAUCCAUCAUCUAAUCAAACAGAGCAAAGAAUGUAUCGAAUUGUUAAAGAAACUAUCGGCCAUCUAAGCAUGGUCCCUAAGGUACGGCCAAUGUCCUCGAAAGCCCCGAAGAACCGGUCGGGAACGGGGAGCGAGAAGUGCAAGCAGAAAGUGUGCGAAGACCGUGCCCGAGAUUUGGGCGUGUUCGAGGGCACCGUGCCGGAGCGCUUGCAGGUGGCCAGCCCGCAGAUGUGGCGACCCUGUCCGGAUCCGCCGAAGCCGCGCGAGUUUAGCUGCGACGAUGCCGGUCUGCUCAACAUGACCCGUCGGAGACGCGAGCCGGUGCUUAAGAAGACCAGCUGCACCUCGCCCGCUCCCAGCGUUGAGGCGCCGGAAUGCAUCAAAAUCAAGGAGGACUUAUGCCUGCGCGUGCAGGUGCCCGGUUGCGGCAAGGUUAAGUUUCCACCGAAGUGUGACGCACCCUUGCCGGUGCGCGAUUGCGUCAAGCAGAAGGCACCGGUUCCGGCGUUCUCCGAGGCGUACAAAAACCCCUUCCCACCGCUACCGAUCUCGGAGUGCUUGUGCUACGAUGCGACCAAAAUGUGCUAAAUUCUUUUUUUUUUGGCACGCGGCAUGCAACACACAGUUGGCGAGAAACGGUUGAUUCGGCGUAUUGAUUUUCCUAUGCAAUAAUUAUUAUAAUUUACGCAUAAAGCUUGCUCUGUGCCGUUAUCGGA